AUACAGAGUCAAACUGAGCUUCACUCUCGCCAGUAGUCAAUCGAACCUCACGGGAAUAAGUUUUAUUAAAUUUAAAGACAAAAAUUUUUUAAUUCUUCAAAUUUCAUUUCGAGUUUCCACUAUGAAGGACCAUGAGCCUCCCCCUAGUCAGAAAAAGCCAGCUAAAUUGAGGAACCUUAUUUACAAAACUGAGGCUUUUGAUUCCCUUUAUUCGAGAGGUGCCGAGAAAACGCAAUGCAACAAUCGUGUUUGUAUGGGAAGUAUUAUGACACUUCCAUUUCAUGGAACCGAACCUCGAAGCAAGGAAGACAUUUUGGUCCAAGCAAAAGAUUUUCUGGAACAAUAUUUUUCCUCAAUCAGAAGAGUGAACAGUGAAGCACAUAAAUCUCGAUGGGAUAGUGUUCAGAAGGAAGUGAUGGCCCAUGGCACUUACCAAUUGACAGAAACAGAAUUAGUUUUUGGGGCGAAAUUAGCUUGGAGAAAUGCCGCCAGAUGCAUUGGUCGAAUUCAAUGGUCAAAAUUACAAGUUUUCGACUGUCGAUAUGUGACAACAACUAGUGGAAUGUUUGAGGCAAUUUGCAAUCACAUUAAAUACAGCACAAAUAAAGGAAACAUAAGAUCAGCAAUAACGAUUUUUCCACAACGAACUGAUGGAAAACACGAUUUUCGAGUUUGGAAUCUACAGUUAAUCAGUUAUGCUGCUUAUAAAAAUGAAGACGGAACCAUUAUUGGUGAUCCAGUCAAUUUAGAAUUUACUGAACUGUGUAGCAAAUUGGGAUGGAAAGGUCCUCGAACAAAGUUUGACGUUUUGCCUUUGGUUUUAUCAGCCAAUGGACACGAUCCUGAAUGGUUUGAUAUUCCAGCUGAAUUAAUUCUUGAAGUUCCCCUCGUUCAUCCAACCUUUGAAUGGUUUGCAAAAUUAGGACUAAAAUGGUACGCAGUUCCAGCAGUUUCAGGAAUGGUUUUCGAUUGUGGAGGAUUAGAAUUUACAGCCGCACCUUUUAAUGGAUGGUACAUGAGUACAGAAAUCGGGGCACGGGAUCUUUGUGACGUUGGAAGAUACAAUUUAUUAGAGACGAUUGCAAGUCAUAUGGGAUUAGAUACAAGGACUUCCAUAUCUCUCUGGAAAGAUAAAGCCAUGAUCGAAGCGAAUGUUGCUGUUCUUCACAGUUUCCAAAUGAAAAACGUGACGAUUGUGGAUCACCACACAGCUUCCGAAUCUUUUAUGAAGCAUUAUGAAAAUGAAAUGCGAUUGAGAAAAGGUUGUCCAGCUGAUUGGAUUUGGAUUGUCCCUCCGGUUUCUGGAUCAGCAACUCCAGUUUUUCACCAAGAAAUGGCGCUUUAUCAUUUGAAACCUUCUUACGAUGCUCAGGAUCCUGCCUGGAAAACACACAUCUGGAAUAAAGGAAGGACCAAAGGACCGAUUUCGAAAAAACCAAGGAGGAAGUUUCAUUUUAAACAAAUUGCAAGAGCUGUUAAAUUUACAUCGAAAUUAUUUGGUCGGGCCCUUUCAAGGAGAAUUAAAGCAACAGUUUUAUUUGGGACAGAAACUGGAACUUCACAAAUGUACGCCGAGAAACUUGGAGAGCUUCUAGGACACGCUUUUCAUUCUCAAGUUCUGAGUAUGUCGGAUUAUGAUAUCAGUAAUAUUGAACACGAAGCCCUUCUUCUGGUUGUCACUUCCACAUUUGGAAAUGGAGAUCCGCCGGAAAAUGGCGAGGCUUUUGCACAAAACUUGUACGCUAUGAAAAUGAACGAGACUUACACCAACGAAAAAAUAAAGUCAAAUUUCAGUCUUGCGACAUCGAAAUCUUUUAUUAAAGCCAAUAGCCAAACCGAGGUGGGGAACUUGAAGAAAUUGGAUAGAUUAGAUUCUUUGAGAGGAUCGACUACAGACUCGCAAGCAGACGAUACUUUUGGACCUCUAAGCAAUGUCAGAUUUGCCGUUUUUGGCUUGGGGUCAUCGGCCUAUCCGAAUUUUUGUGCAUUUGGGAGAUACGUGGAUAAUUUAUUAGGCGAAUUGGGAGGCGAGCGUUUGCAUCGUUUGGCUCUAGGUGAUGAAAUGUGUGGACAAGAACAAGCUUUCAGGAAAUGGGCCCACGACACAUUCGCUGUUGCUUGUGAAACUUUUUGCCUUGAUGACGACGAAACAUUAUUGGAAGUAGCUCUUUCCCUUGGCUCUGAUGCAGUUUCAGCUUCAACUGUUCGAUUUGUUGAAGCGGAUCCUCAACCCCUUGCUAAAGCACUGAGCAAAUGUCACAACAGAAAUGUUACAACAUGCAACAUGCUUCGAAAAACGAACUUAAGCAGAAUUAAUUCAGGAGGAACGACUCUCUUACUCGAAUUGGACGAUUUGGCGUCUAUGGAAAUAAAUUAUAAGCCCGGAGACCAUCUAGGUGUUUAUGCUUGUAACAGGUCCGAACUUGUUGAAGGAAUUUUAAAUCAUUUAGAAUCUCCGUUCGCAGCCGACGCUUCCAUAGAAUUACAAAUGCAAAAGCAAUCUCACACUCCAAAUGGAAUCGUAAAAACCUGGUUACCACAUGACAGAUAUUUGCCAAAUACUUUACGAAUGUUGCUGACCAGAUUUUUGGAUAUUACGACUCCACCUUCUCCAAAUUUGUUGAGAUAUUUUGCUUCAAUUGCGACAAAUCCGCAGGAGCAGGCUCGACUUACUCUAUUAGCAACAGACUCAGCAGCUUACGAGGAUUGGAGACAUUGGAACUUCCCGAAUUUGCUGGAAGUUCUGGAAGAAUUUCCUUCUGUAAAACCUUACGCUCCUGUUCUCUUGCUUCAUUUGACCACAUUGCAGCCGAGAUUUUACAGCAUUUCUUCUUCACCCCUCGUACAACAGGGACAGAUUCAUUUAACUGUUGCCGUUGUUCAAUACAGUACACAAGGUGGUUCUGGCCCUCUUCAUUAUGGCGUUGCCUCGAAUUAUUUGCACGACAUUUCUGAUGGAGAGCCGAUUUAUGUUUUCGUCCGCAGUGCACCGAAUUUCUAUAUGCCCCUUGAUACAAAAGCCCCGAUGAUAUUGGUUGGCCCAGGAACAGGAAUUGCCCCAUUCCGAGGAUUUUGGCAUCAUCGAUUAGCCCAAAUGAAAUUAAACAAAGAUGAGGAGUUUGGAAAAAUUUGGUUAUUCUUUGGAUGUCGAAAAAGCGAUCUCGAUCUCUACCGACAAGAAAAACAAGAAAUGUUGGAAGCCGGAGUUCUCGAUAAAGUAUUCUUGGCUCUAUCCCGAGAACCAGACAUAAAAAAGACGUACGUUCAAGAUUGCAUUCAAGCAGAAGCUUCUCAAAUUUACGAAAUGUUGGUUCAUGGACAAGGACAUUUUUACGUUUGUGGAGAUUGUACAAUGGCUGAAGAUGUUUACCAAACUUUGAAACAAAUUAUUCAAACUCACGGACAAAUGAUGGAUAAAGAAGUCGAAACUUACAUGCUUUCCCUGAGGGACGAAAACCGAUACCACGAGGAUAUUUUCGGCAUAACUCUCCGAACGGCCGAAAUCCACAACAAAUCGAGAGAAACAGCGAGAAUCCGCAUGGCCUCUGAACCCUAAUUUCAACAAAAUGGCCUUUUCUCACGAAAAAAUUCCAAGAAAACAUUUAAACAAAAAAUCAUAUCGCUCAAAGCAUAUCCUUCACUUUCUGUAAUUUUUUCAUCGUAUUACCUAACAAUAAUAAAGUAAAUCUAUCAUAUAUAUAUAUAAUUAAUAAAAUCGUAUCUAUUCAAAUAACUAAUAAGACUUCCUCGAAGAAACAUAUAAACGAAAAACUCAAUCUAAUCAACUUAAAAAACUUCUCUCAACAUUUUUCAGGAAUUUACAACUUCUCCAAAUUUGUAGUUAAAGGAAUGAAAAAAAAUUCCCAAAAAUCUCUCAUUGUCAACAAAACUGUAUUUAAAAAAAAAAA